GUGUUUUCACUCUCCCUUCUUCUCCAUAGGAUCAUGGGAGACCACCUUGACCUUCUCUUAAGAAUGGUGCUCAUGGCCAGUCCCGCGCUUGGGAUUUCUUCCUGCGUCUUCGAUGGGUGGAGAGCCUUAUAUCAUUUCUGCAACCUCACCCAAGUCCCCCAGGUCCCCAACACCACCAAGAGCCUCCUGCUGAGCUUCAACUACAUCAGGACAGUCACAACUGCAUCCUUCCCCUUCCUGGAGCAGCUGCAGCUGCUGGAGCUUGGGACUCAGUUUACCCCCUUGACCAUUGACAAAGAAGCCUUCAAAAACCUACCCAAUCUCAGAAUCUUGGACCUGGGCAAAAGUCAGAUAGACUUCUUGCACCCAGAUGCUUUUCAGGAACUGCCCCAUCUCUCCGAACUUCGACUGUUUUACUGUGGUCUCUCCAGUGCUGUAUUAAAAGAUGGGUAUUUCAGAAAUUUGGGGUCUUUGAUGCACUUGGACCUCUCCAAAAAUCAGAUCCAGAGUCUUUACCUUCACCCUUCAUUCCGGGAAUUGAAUUCCUUGAAGUCCAUUGAUCUUUCCCUCAACCAAAUAACCACUGUUUGUGAGCACGAGCUCAAACCCCUCCAAGGAAAAACACUCUCCUUUCUAAGCCUUGCUGCUAAUAACCUGUACAGCAGGGUCUCAGUGGACUGGGGGAAGUGUCUGAACCCCUUCAGAAACAUGGUCCUGGAAACCCUAGAUGUUUCUAGCAAUGGCUGGGCAGUGGACGUCACAAGAAACUUCAGCAAUGCCAUCAAUGGAAGCCAGAUUUUCUCUUUGGUUCUUACCCAUCAUGUGAUGGGUUCUGGGUUUGGCUUCACUAACAUGAGAGACCCUGACCAGCACACCUUUGCCGGCCUGGCCAGAAGCUCAGUGAUACAGCUAGACCUUUCACAUGGGUUUAUCUUCUCCCUGAGCUUCCAACUCUUUGAGACGCUCAAGGCAUUGAAGGUUCUGAACCUAGCCUACAACAAGAUAAACAAUAUUGCAGACAAAGCAUUUUAUGGACUUGACAACCUCCAAGUUCUCAAUAUAUCACAUAACCUUCUGGGGGAAUUGUAUAAUUCUAAUUUCUAUGGACUACCUAAGGUAGCCUAUAUUGAUCUGCAAAAGAAUCACAUCGGGAUCAUUCAGGACCAAACAUUCAGAUUCCUGCAAAAAUUAAACACCUUGGAUCUCCGGGAUAAUGCGCUUAAAACUAUUUCUUUUCUUCCAAGCAUACCUAAUCUCUUCUUGAGUGGCAAUAAACUGGCUACUUUGCCAAACAUCGCACUUACAGCUAACUUCAUCACCUUAUCAGAGAAUAGGCUGGAAAAUCUGGAUAAUCUGUAUUUCCUUCUCCAGGUACCUCAUCUCCAGAUUCUCAUUUUAAAUCAAAAUCGCUUUUCCUUUUGUAACCAAGACCAUGCCCCUUCAGAGAACCUCAGCUUAGAAGAGCUUUUCCUUGCAGAAAAUAUGUUGCAGCUUGCCUGGGGAGCCGGGUUCUGCUGGAAUGUUUUUAAGGGGCUUUCCCAUCUCCGAGUCCUGUAUUUGAAUAAAAACUACCUGAAUUUCCUCCCACCAGGAGUAUUUCGUCAUCUGACUGCACUGAGGGAACUCAGCCUCAAGGACAACAGGCUGACUGCUCUUUUUCCUGGCGACUUACCUGCUAAUUUAGAGGUCCUGGAUAUAUCCAGAAACCAGCUUCUCUCUCCUGAUCCUGAUUUACUUGCAUCGCUGAGUGCCGUGGACAUAACUCAUAACAAGUUCAUCUGUGAGUGUGAACUUAGCACUUUUAUCCGUUGGCUCAGUCAAACCAACGUCACAAUAAUUGGCUCUCCGGCAGACAUAUACUGCAUGUACCCGAGCUCCAUGGCUGGGGCUUCCCUCUACUCUCUUUCCACGGAAAAUUGUGAUGAAGAGGAAGUUUUAAAGUCCCUAAAGUUUUCCCUUUUCAUCUUCUUCACUGUCACUUUGACUCUGUUCCUCGUGGCCAUCCUCAUCAUUACGAAGUUCCGGGGGUUUUGUUUCAUCUGUUAUAAGAAAGCCCAGAGACUGGUGUUCAAGGACCCCAUCAAGGGAAGAGAAUCAGAGACGUACAAAUAUGAUGCCUAUGUGUGCUUCAGUAGCAAAGACUUUGAAUGGGUGCAGAAUGCUUUGCUCAAACACCUGGAUGCCCAGUACAGCAACCGAAACAGAUUUAACCUGUGCUUUGAAGAGAGAGACUUUUUGCCUGGGGAAAACCACAUCGUCAACAUCCAGGAUGCCCUGUGGAGCAGCAGAAAGGUUGUCUGUCUCGUGAGCAGACACUUCCUUAGAGAUGGGUGGUGCCUCGAAGCCUUCAGUUACGCCCAGAGCAGGUGCUUAGCUGACCUCAGUGGCGCCCUCAUCAUGGUGGUGGUGGGGUCCCUGUCCCAGUACCAGCUGAUGAAACAUCGCUCCAUCAGAGGAUUCAUCCAGAAACAGCAGUACUUGAGGUGGCCUGAGGAUCUCCAGGAUGUUGGCUGGUUUCUCAACAAACUCUCUCAGCUCAUUCUAAAGAAAGAAAAGGAAAGGAAGAAAGUCAAUGACAUUCAGUUGCAAAGUGUAACCACCAUUUCCUAG